AUGGAGCAAAUUGAAGAUGAAUCUCAAUUGCAAAUAGCUACAGCAGUGGCGAACGACCUCAUAUUCAUGUUAACUGCACGAUUCGACGAAAACAGUUGCAUUUUGGACCGAAUGAGUGCAAAACUCGGGUACACCACUCGCUGUACAAGGGGUGAAAACCAAAAUUCAGAUGAGGUAGGAACCCAAAACACACAAAAUGAUUAUGGAGAACAAAAUAGCAACCAUAAUGAGAGUGAACCGAGCACUUCACAAUCAGGGUUGCCAGAUUCAAUCGACUCGGUACAGAAUCAAACAGAACAGUUCCGUUAUCGAUCGAUAAAACCUCCUCAGGCAUCCCUACCGAAAUUUCACGGAGAUGCUGAAGAUUUCGCCGAAUACUGGGCGAUUUUCGAGACACUAGUUCACAAAAGCAAAGAGCUAGAUGUCAUAGAAAAAAUACUACUACUCAAGGAAAGCUUGAGAGGAAGAGCUCAGAUUGCCAUAAAAGAUAUAAAACUGAUUCCAGAAAACUACGACUGGAUCAUAAAAACAUUGCAAGAAACAUACUGCAAUUAA